UACGUACUAUAAUAAUAUAUUAUAUACAUCACAAACAUUCAUCCAUCACUCUACAUCUCACAUAUAUAGAGAUACAAGUAUGUAGAGUAGUUUUUGACAAGGCGCGCAUAUUUAGUGGCCGUGGUAUGGGUUCAUUCGGGUUCUCAAAAGUUUACGAAGUCCGACGGAUUUGCCCGAUUAUAUUAAAACGCAUUUAUAUAUAUGUAUAUAAAAAUAAACAGGUAUAAGCAUGUGUUUACAUAUGUAUAUAUAACAAAUCGACGAGUCCAGUAGCUUUAUCACUUAGUGUUAGUACAGUAGUAAUAUAUAUUUGUAUAUAUAUAUCUACCACUCACUACAAUAUAUCAUUUUAAAAUAGUGUUAGUUGGUAGUAAUAGUACUUAUGGUAGUGGCGGUGAUAGUGUUCUGAGUCGUUUAUUGUUAUAGUGUCGGUGAGUGUAGUAUGUACUGUAAGUAAAGUGAGUUGGUUGGUUAGAGUUAACAUACUACAAGUUAAGACUUAUGCUGCGGUGUAUGCGCGCCUUCUUAACUCUUCUUUACCUUGGUGUUGUUAUAUUUAACGCAAAUUGUGUUGUGCAAAGGUUAUGAUUAAUUAUAUAUUGAUAAAUACAUAAGAUAUUGGUUGGAAAUAUUAUGAGGAAAAAAAAGUAACAGUCAACAGAGUGGUGUUAUGAAAAAAAAAUAUUACGAUGCAUAUUAUUGAGCGCUGAAGAUUUAAGCCGAAGGCGGCUAAAAAUCAUGGGAAGAUCAAAGUUUCCAGGCAAGCCGCCGAAAACGGUGACCAGAAAACGAAUCAAGGUUCUCGGGCGGCCAGAAACAACUCAAAGUGAUUCCGUAACCGUUGCUGAAAACAUUUACUAUGGACUUUCACUGUUCAAUGAAACAUUUGGCGAUAAUGAGAAAGAACAUCGUCCAUUCCAUGGUUUUAGCAAUAAAGAAGUUAAAUUAUCCACAUCAUGUGUAAAAACAUCAAAAAAGAAUCCUGAAAACGAUAAAUUAAAUCAACAAAAUGAUGAAAAAAAAAUCAACGAAUCGUUAACGGAAAAUUUGUUAUUAAAAACAUUGGAAACUGAGAACAAUUAUAAUCAACAAAAAAUCAAAGAUCGCAAUAAUAGUAAUUUACCAGAAAGUACAAGUAAUAAUAUUAUUGUUGUUAAAGAAACAGUUAAUGUUAAUAAAAAAAGUAGUGAAGAUGGAAAAAAAUUAAAGAGUGGCAACAAAUCAAAAGUUGGUAAAGGUGUUGUUAAAUUCAAGCGUGUUGUUCGUACGCCGAUAUUAAAAGCUGUGAAUAAUAUAUUAGAUCGUCAUCAGCGGACACGACAGCUUCGAAAUAGUACAGCCAAACGUUUAUUGCAGAGGGCUAAGUACAACAUCACGUCGAAUAAUCGUAACAUUACAAUCCAGUCUAGUGAUAAAUCAAAUGCUAUCAAAAAAUUUGUCCUUCCAAUGCGUAGUGCACACUCUUCUCGUGUUAUUAAGCCAAAUAAAAGAUUUAUUGAAGAAUCGGAGCAGAGUUCUAGUGCUGACAAUGAGGAUGCCAAGCAGUCGAAAAAGAGCAAGACAGCUGGAAAAAGUCAUGGUCGUGCUGUCAAAUCUAAAAUAAAGCAAUAUAAAAAUAAUUCAACAGCUUCAAUUAAUACGUCAAAAUCUGUAAAAAAUUACAAGUUUAAAGGUACGGAAGAUAAGAGAUCUCGAAAACAUUCUGGUGAUGUUAAAAAAUCAACGAGUUUAUUGAGUAAGACAAAAAUGACAAGUAAAAUUAAUAAUAAUGUCAAGUCAUCUCCAACGACAAUAAUUGGUAAAUUAUCAGAAUCAAGUACAAGUGAAUCAAUUCCUUCAAAAGUUCUUCCGGAUUCCAACACUCCAAAUUUCGAGUCUUCCAGAGUUAAAACACGGUUGAGAAUACCAAGUGAAAAUCCAAUUGACACUGAAAAUUUAUCAUUAAUAAAUAAUGUCAAUAGCAUACGAAGUUAUAAAAAAAUUGAUAUUAUAAAUUCAGUUAUUUUGUCAUCGUCGUGUUCUGAUGACAACGAUGAAUGCACGCAGGAGACAGAUAAGAAUUGUGAUAUUGAAAGUCAAAAUAGAUUGGACACAUUUGAAUCAGACAGCUCUCUGUCAGAGAGUACCAGCGAGAGUAAUCACAAUAGCGAAGAUGAACAGUCUGAGUGGACAGGUAUGAAAUUAGAUGGAGGUAAAGUGAUACUUCGAAAAGCAAGAUUAAAGCUUGAAAAUAAAAAUUCAGGAGGGACUGAAGGGCCUUUUUCAGUUACAAGUAUUCAACAACAACAGCAACAGCAUCAACACAUUCAUAAUAAUAGUAACAAUAAUCACAAUACAAGUAUUAACUCAAGUUUAACUGGUACAGUUAAAUGCGGAGUAUGUGGUGCAGUACGCUUUUAUCGUUUUGUAAAUCAAGCUCGUAAAUUUGGUAUAUAUAGCUGUGAAUCGUGUCGUAAAUUUAUAAGUAAAAUAAUAAAGCAUCAAGCUUGUGCUAAGUCUACCAAUACGACGCUUCCUGUAUUGCAGUGUCACAAAGGUGACGGUAUGUGUCUAGUGCCUCCAGUUGUACGCAGUCAACAGUGGAAUUUAAUGCGCUGUGCUUACAAAGCUCGCUGUCCAGCUUGUUGGCUAAAAAUGUGUCUGAAAUGUUACAAUAUACCAACGUCUAUUAAAACGGGAUUAAAUUCUCUGCUUCCACCUUUACACAGAGAUCCUGUAAUGUCACUAGGAUCCAUGAGUCAAGAUAGUGAUGGUCUAGACAAUCAAAAGACCGUUGGAUCUAAAAUCAACUGGCCAGCUGAGGACAGUUUAGAGAAAAAUCUCUUCAAGUCUGCGAUUAGUUGGACAGGAAUCCAAGAGAGAAAAGUUGGAUAUCAAAGUGGUCAAGGAUUGUUGGUCAAUAAAUUUAACAAAGUUGACUAUCCAAUAUCAAUGUCGCUGAGUAAAAAGAGGAAAAAAGAUACAAGGAUAAAGAUUCGCAAGAAAAUAAAAAGUCCACUAGUACUGUCUCCACCGUCUGCUUGUUCUUCACCAACUGCUAGCCAGUCUACGCAAUCGACUCAGCCACUUCGGCAGAGGGUUGAUCUCAAAGGUCCAAGGGUUAAACACGUCUGCCGUAGUGCCAGUGUUGCACUUGGCCAACCUGUCGCGACAUUUCCCUCUACCGAUGAAAAAGACGAGUCUGAUGUCAGUAAUAAAAAUGCUACCGUCAAAACUAAGGAUGAAGAUAAAAGGCCUGACACAAGGGAAAAAGUUUCCAAGAGUAAUCAAGAAAAUAAUGCUAACUCGACGAAUAAUAAUACCGUGCAAACGUCUUAUGCUAAAAAGAGUAAAGUACAAUCGAAUAAUUUGGUAUCGAGUCAUCACAAUUUACGUGCACUUGCAAAAUCAGGGAAAAAUAAAAUUCAUGAAAUAUCAAUUGAUUUUUGGGAGCAAUAUGAUCCUACGGAAGUUGGUGCUAAAGGAUUUGCUUUAAUUGCAUCUGAAACUUUUCCCAUUCCUGCUAUUUGUUUUCUUUGUGGCAGUGCUGGAAAAGAACCUUUAAUUCAUUGUCAGUGUUGCUGUGAACCGUACCACGCAUUUUGUCUUGAGCCUAGUGAAUGGAAUGCCUGUGUCCAACCAGACUGGUGUUGCCCACGUUGUACAAUUUGUCAGACUUGUUCUCAAAGAACAGGACCAAAAUUGUCAUGCAUUCGUUGUCGUCAAUCUUUCCAUCACUCAUGUUUGUCUAAAUCAGGUGUGAAUACCCGACUCUACAGUCCAGACCGGCCUUAUAUUUGUCAAAAUUGCGUUAAGUGCAAAAGCUGCGGUAGCGAGGGUGUUAAUGUUUACGUUGGCAAUUUACCUUUAUGUUCAAUGUGCUUUAAAUUACGUCAACGCGGCAAUUAUUGUCCACUUUGCCAACGUUGUUAUAAUGAAAAUGACUUCAAUACGAAAAUGAUGGAGUGUAACGAGUGCUCGUGUUGGGUUCACGCGCACUGUGAAGGGUUAUCCGAUGAAUUUUAUCAAGUACUUAGUUAUUUACCGGAUUCAAUUGAAUUUACGUGCAGUCAGUGUUCACCAAAUCCAAACUCAACGUCGUGGCGUAAUGCCAUUGAUAAGGAAUUAAAAACUGGUUUUGUUGCUGUUUUAAAAUCAUUGAGUAAAAAUCGUAAAGUAUGUAAUGCUCUUAACUGGAGUCCAAGAAAAGAGUGCCUGUGUAAGCCAGUUGUUAGUGUCAGAAAAUUGUUAGAUUUUUCUAAUAUUGACAAUAACAGUAGUAAGCUCAAUAGUAAUAAAGAAUUAACAAUUAAUGAUAAUAAAGAAACUGAUUAUAAUAAUUAUGAUAAAUUUUACAGUAAUGGUGAUAAUAAUAAAAUCGAUCCUUUAAGUCAAUUUGAUUUUGAAGCUGAUGAACAACAGCAACAGCAAGAAGUGCCACGAAGAGGUUUAAGAAAGCUUAAGCAAAAAUUUCACCUGAAAGAAUGCUCAGUACGAGUUAAAAAUUGUAUCGUUAAAGAUGGCAAUGAUUCUAGUAGCAAUGGAGAAACUAAUAAUCAGUCAUUAAAUUCAAAUGACAACUCUAAUUCAGCACGUGAGUGUCUGUGCUUGGAGGAAAAUAUUUUAAUGAAACCAUCACCAAGUCUAAUGUCUGUUAAACGUAAAGUAAACAACAAUGAAUAUCAAUCUCUUUUUCAAUUUCACUGUGAUAUGGAGCACGUGGUUAAUCGAGCAGGUAAACAAGAUCUUACACUACUUUAUCAUAGAUCUUUACAGGAAAUAUUUCCAUGGUUCGACCCCAACCAGGCUAAAGUUAAUUCAUACGACGAAGAACUGUCAUCGUCUUCUGCAGACAUAGACGGUGAACGUGAUUCAUCGAUAUCUAAAUUGAAUGACUCGAUUUUAGAAACGUGGAAAGAAGAAGUUGUCAAAGCGUCGAAAGCUAUCACUAUGAGAACAGGAAAUGUCUACAGUGAACUUCUCUCAGAAGAUACAAGGGUUUGUGCUUUGUGUAAAGGCAUUGGAGACGGUCAAGAGAAUCGUGAAGGUCGGCUUUUGUAUUGCGGACAAAAUGAAUGGGUUCACGCGAAUUGUGCUCUCUGGUCUAAUGAAGUAUUCGAGGAGAUUGAUGGAUCGUUACAAAAUGUCCACAGUGCAAUUUCACGUGGUCGUAUGAUCAGGUGUGGUGAGUGCGGUAAAAAAGGUGCAAGUGUUGGCUGCUGUGCUAAAAAUUGCGGUAACACAUUUCACUAUCCUUGUGCAAGAAAUGCUGGAUUAGGCUUGAAUGACGAUAAAACAAUUUAUUGUACAUUACACUUGGCUAAUUGUAUUAACAAAAAUCAAAAUGAGGAGGAAAAUUUUAGCUUAAAGAGACUGGUUUAUGUUGAGUUUGGGAGAAAGAAGAAAAAAUUCGUUGAACCUGAUAGAGUUAAAGUAAUGAUUGGCUCUCUUAUGAUCGACUGUUUAGGCACAGUUAUGCCUGAAUUUUCCGACAGUAACGAAAAAAUAAUUCCCACCAACUACAAGUGCUCGAGGCUUUACUGGUCGACAAUAAAUCCUAUGAAAAUAGUUAGGUAUUACAUACGCACAUAUGUAAAAACAUGCACAACAGACAUUAAUUUAGACAUGGAUCACAAUGUCACAAUAGAUCAUUCUAAAGAACAAGAGACUGAAGAACGUCUGAAGAUUGAAAAUUUAGCCAUUAAACAGACGCUAGAUUCGUUGAUUGAUUCUGUUUACAACCGAGAAGUAGAUGACAAUCUUGCUGAGCAAAAUAAUACAGAUCUAUUGCCACCAGAAAUAACGGAUGUUAUCUUUCAAGAUUUACCACAUGAUCUGUUGGACGGAAUCUCGAUGCAGGAUAUUUUUCCGAAAAUGUCUUAUGAAGAUUUUUUAGCGAUGGAUUUAAGGAACGAUGGUGUCUUUGGUAACGAUAUCCUUAAAGAUGAAAUUUUGUCUUCUGACGUUGAUGAUGAGAUGAUUAAAUCACCUUUAGAUGGUAAUAAAUUAGCCAAAGAUUCUUCUACUUUAUCAGAAAUAGCUGAGCAAAAUGAUAUCUGGUUGCAUCUUGAAACUAAAAGCAGCGUCCAAGAAUUUAUGGACGAUCUGUUGAACUCAAAAUCACAAAAAUUUGGCGGCAAAGAAUUAAAACGCUCUAAAUCUGAGGUUAUCGGUAGCAAUCCAUUGGUUGUGGGUGGUCAGAGACGACAUCACCAGAGAUCUUGCAGCUUGACGUGGAGCUGUAAAUUAGACGGAACUUACGGCCCGACUGUAAAGCGAAGAAAAUUAUCACGACCGUCCACAGCAAUAACUGGUGAAGUGAACAGUUAUGUAGUCGAUUCAGCUGAAAAAAAUUCAAUGUUCCAUGAACUAAGAAUACCCGAAAGUAUUAUGGUGACUGUAGGACGAGCACCUUCUCCUACGAUCAAUGAAUCUGUAAGAGAAUUCAAAUACUGCAUUGAUGAUCAAGGCAUUAAUCGACGAAUUAUGCCCACUAGAGAAGACAAAGAUCACAAGCGUUUGCUUUGGCAUACGAGACAACAACCUCGCAUGCUUCAAGUUGACGGUCCAGCAGAUCCUAGUAGUGCAAGUGAAUGCAGUUCACCAGAAUACGACGUAGAAGAAAAAUUAAACUCCGAUGGUUAUAAAAUUAUUGUAAAUGAACGCGAUAAUUUUUCAGACAUCGACUCCGAAGAGAGUUUAAAAAUUCCACAGCUGGAUGGUGCCGACGACAUUUCUAGUGACGAUGAGAGUCACAGCAAUCAAAUGGACACAAUAAUUUAUGUUCCUCACACCAUCGAAGACGGUCCAGUAACUUGCAAACGUUGUCAAUGCACCUACAGAACCCAUGACAGUUACAACAGACACUUGUCUAAUUGCGAUAUCGUAACAACAAGCGACAGUGACUCCGAAACAAUUGAUCACAAAAGUGCUUCUUCGUCGACUUUUUUCGACGAUUCACACUCACCACAGUUUGUUACUCUGUCAUCGCCGUCACAAGGUCGUACAUUAUCGACAGAUUAUCCAGAUAUUCAAGUAACAUCACCUUUAGAAGCUUCAGUACCUUCUCCUCACACCGGUCUGCAAAUAGAACCGAUCGCCCAGGCAUUAAUUACACCACAAAUUCACAGUCACGAAACAGUUGAGACUCUCCAUCAAACAGUAUUGACGUCCAAUGAAGUUAUUGUCCAAACUCAGUAUACAAGAACGACUACAACAUUACCGAAUUCUUCAGCAGCAGUAUUACCUCAAGAAAGUAGUAUAAAAAUAAUAGAAAUAACUGAUUCACCAGCACACGAACAAACAUCACAGAGUCUUGUCUUGUCUAAUGAUAAUCAGAAUCAACACCAGUCUGUUGUAAGUCCUUACGUACCAUCUGUAAUUCAACCAGACUCUUCCGUUAUGAGAGACAUUGAUGAAACUCUUAUAAAUCAUCAGCAACAAGCAACGGUGAUUUGUAACAACAAAGUAUUAAAGCCAAAACCGCGAGUCGUUAAAGCUAAAACUAAGGUAAUUAAACCACAGUAUAUUAAAAAUAAUUUAACUCAACAGCAUCUUGAGCCUAUUCGGUUCCAAACGAUUCAUCAAAAUUCAUCACCGAUGGUCCACUUGCAACAAGCGCCACGAGCCAAUGCACCGACUGUUAUUCUCCAGCAAGUCCCGUCUUCAGGAAUAAUGUCAGCGUAUGUGGAUACGCUUCAACAGCAGUCUGACCAAAAUUUACAAUACAUCACAACAAUCGGAGGCCAAGAAACGGCUUACAAGCCUCAAUUUAUUUCAACCAAUCAAUUGGUACCUGGUGCUUAUAUUCAUACAGCUUCUGAUAAUCUUUUGGCGCUUUCCAAUGGUGGUAUAUCAGUUCUACCGAGUGUACAAAUAGCGCAACCUCAGCCAGCUGUUUUGGGAACGAUAAUCCAACAACAGCCAAACGCUAUUCAGUGUGGAGUGAUAUCGUCAGAACAAUUAGUACUGAGUUCAACUCCUACAUUAGAAAUGUUUACAGAUUCUACAGGCAGUAUGUUUGUCUCCAGUCAGCCGAUGUACUACGGGCUAGAAACUAUCGUCAGCAAUACUGUGAUGUCAUCAAGUCAAUUUGUCACUGGGGCAGUACCUCAAGUGCUAGCCAGCAGUUAUCAAACAACCACCCAAGUAUUUCAAGCAUCGAAAUUAAUGGAGCCUAUUGUUGAUGUGCAAACGAUGCCAAGUGUGUCAACGGUACAAGCAGUUCAAGGAAUUCCUAGCGUUCCUCUGCAAACUCAAAAUCAAACCGUCCCUACUGUACAAUCAAUCCAAAGUAUUCCAGCUGUACAGACAGUCCAAAAUGUUCCGAACAUUGGCAGCUACGUUGUAAUGAAUUCCCAACCUGUGGAAACUCCAAUAGCAAGUACAGCUUCGUUAAACCACCCAGGUGGAAAUAUUGGAUCUACUACACCUGGGGAUCAAAACUUUGAAGGUUUAUCGGGUUCUAUAAUCACCACGGAACCCAUGACAGCUAAAUUGCAAAUACAAGAACCCGAAGUUGCUAAUCCAGUGGCGCCUUAUAUAGACAUGUCUUCAAGAUCAAUGUCAACAGCAACAGCAGCAGUAGCUCGGCCAAUUCAAAAUCACCAGAGUAUACCUCGUAUUGCCGUGCGUCCGAGUCCAGUAUCACAACAAACAGUCACGCAACCCAAUUACGGGCAGUGGAAAUUUAUUUCAGAGCCUAUCUACAGCGUCGAACAGCAAACUGUCAGCAGUAGCACGAGACCCUAUCUAGACUCAAAACACGUGUCUGAAAAUACGAGUAUGAUAAAAUCGAGUUUAUCAUCAAAAGUAUCGCCGUUGUCAAAUCAUUGCGUCACGCAGCGGGAUAUUGUUAAAAAACUCAAUAACUGUGAUGUUGUUGGUAAUAAUGGUCAUGAUAUUUAUCAUGGAUUAUCAAGUAAUUUUGUCAGUUCAAUUACUUUACAGCAGGCUGGUCUUAAUAAUAUCAAUAAUAGUAACAGUAGUAAUGUAAGCAAUCUUAGUAAUAACAGCAAUAAUCAGAAUAAAAUAAUGACAAGUCUUGCUCCUACGAGACCGAUGAAUCGAGUGCUGCCGAUGUUAGCUGUUGUACCAAAACUUGAAGCGAUUAAACCUGAUAUCAAUGAUAUUGAGGAACCGACUAAGGAAAUAAAGCCAAUAAUUGAGUCAGAAUCCAUUGAAACGUUAGAAAAAUCGACAAUUGAAUUAUCGGAUAGUGUAAACAAAAAUUUUACAGAUAAAUUUUUUAAUGACAAACCACUUAUUGUCGGUGAUAAUUUAAUCAGUGAUGAAAUUUUAUUUAGUGAUGACAAACUAUUUGUUGAUAAAAAAAAUCAAGUAAUUGUCGAUGAUAAAGUAAUUGAAGACAAAUUAAAUGAAGAUAAAAAUGCUAUUGAGGAUUUAAAAUUGCCUGAAGAAAAUAAUAAA